AGACGGUUAUCUUUAAAGCCAAGAUCUUAAUAGCUCAAGUACCCUAAGUCUUUAAGGCAGUUAUCUUUGAAGCGAAAAGCUUAACAGCCUAAGCAUCCUUUCCAUCGAGCCGAGCCCAAAAUAUCGAACUCUACAAUGUCGAAGCGGUAACGGGAUGCGUCUGCGCGUUCCGAAUGCUGCAGCCCCGCCCUGACUAGUCGCAACACGAAUGCAGUACUGGAGGGCUAAGAAUUUGGACCAUCUUGGAAGAUUAUAUCGUUACAGAUAGUAGCCUAAAUUGUGUCAACAUCAAUUUGACGUGAUAAUAUAGAGCGAACCGACACCGCCGAAGGGUCUCAACCUUAAUAUUGAGACCAUUUCCAUAAUCCCGAACUAUAGAAUAACAUCUCGAGACUGCAAUCAUUAGAAAAAAGGAGAGCCAUACAUCGCCACUACGGGGACGAAAUCGAUUAGUGAUUCUAAAGUGACGGGACAUUAUAUAAGGAAACGAGAUUCGAAAGCCGCGAGUACAGGCUGCCGUAUAGCUGAAAGUAUGCGGGUCAUUCAGUGUGUGCCCGGCUCUGUUGAGGCGGGUGCGGACACUAUAGUCAGCACGGGACCUGAAUCCGGGUACGUCAUUCCAUCCAAUGAGUACCGCAUUGCGGAGAUGUUGGAUGCCAUGCCGAAAGUUCCUAUCAAGGGAUGCUACGUCAUUUUGCAAUCGCAUUGUCUACCAGGCUGGAUAGCCACAAAAGGGGUUGGCCCUUACGCCCGAAUGGGGGUGGGCGCUCCUCUCCUUAACAUUCUUGUUAAGUCUAUUGCCUCAAGCAACAGGAAUGGCCCAUGGAUCCGCUUUCUUCGGGGCUUUGGCUUAGUCGGAGGGAUUUUAUUUUACACCGUUCCCGUCGUGACGUCGACUAUUCCCCGCGGGUUGCGGAUUGCAAGCGGCGUGAGCUCGUUAGCAACUGCUGUUGUAGUAGUACCACUCCGUACACUGGACGAGAUCCCCAAUACUGCCUGGAUUAUAACGUAUGCCGUACCUAGCGAGCUUAGUAACCGGAGAAAAUUGUACCUCUUCUGUGUCAUCGUCGCAGCAAUCCACUUCUCUAUUGCAAUAUCGCAAAACACCGAUAAUAUCGUCAAUGGCUUCACGAUAUAUACCCGAAUCGUCAUCACCGUUGGCUUUGGGUCGGCGAGCUUUCGUUGGACAACAUUCUGUCUUGCCCUCGUUUUAGGCACUAUCGGCCAACCAACAGACUGAACAGGCAUGGCCUCAGAGGCAGUUCGACCGCACCCUGCAAGGUGAUUGACGGCGUAAGGUUGAAGCACUAUGAUUGGUGUGGGUACUUCGCCUAUGUAUGUC